AUGGCUAGAGAAAAGCAGAUGAAGCGGACACAUUCGUCCGUUUUCCCAAAACGAGAAAUCUCCCCGCCAGCGACGAAGAGGAAAAUCGAGUCCACGACCACAAGAGAGGCCGUUGCCAACUUCUUCAAACCUCCAUCUAAGAAGCCGUUCCAGCAUCUCGCGUGGCGCACUGUCGACAAUAGCUGCUUAGUCGCCAAAUACUCCACAAGGCCUCCAGUGGACAAUCAGGUUGUUCCUGUGAAGAAGCGUGUUGCGGCUUUCGAUCUUUCAGGCUCAAACUUUCUAACGCGGUCGUUGCUGCCAAAGGAUGGUACCCUGAUUUUGACUAAGUCGGGGAAUACGUUUCCCAGGAACGAACACGAUUGGAAGUGGUGGAAUCACUGUGUUCCAGGGAGGAUAAAAGAACUAUACUCUAAAGGGUAUCAGGUGGUUAUAGUUACAAAUCAAAAGAAGGUUCUCUUGAAGAAGGUCGGCAAAGGCGCUAUUGGUGACUCCAAAAGUUUGACGAUUUUUAAAUCCAAGGUCUCAGUGAUAUUGAAGGAUCUCGAUGUGCCGCUGAGCGUAUACGCAGCGACGGAGUAUGAUGAAUAUCGAAAACCGCGAAUGGGGAUGUGGAAGCUGAUGCUGGAUGAUUAUGACUUGGACGUCGAAGGUGUCCUCGACUUGGAGGGAUCGAUAUUCGUAGGUGAUGCAGCGGGACGUCCCGCAGAUCAUUCCUGCGUUGAUCGGAAUUUUGCGUCCAACAUUGGCUUGAAGUUUUAUACACCGGAGGAGUUUUUCCUCGGAAAACCUCAAGAAGGGGUGGAAGCCUUCAAUCCGAAGAACUUCAUCCUAGACGGCACGAGUAGGUCAUCUCUCCCGUUUCCAGAGUCUCAUGGUCAAGAGCUCGUAAUAUUUUGCGGGAGCCCAGGUGCGGGGAAAUCAACUUUUUUCUGGAAAUAUCUCGAACCGUUGAAAUACAAGCGGGUAAAUCAAGAUAUCCUUAAAACUCGUCCCAAAUGCCUGAGUGUUGCAGCAGAAUAUCUGCAAGCCGGAGAUUCUGUGGCAGUCGACAAUACGAAUGCAGAUCCUGAAACACGAGCCUACUGGGUGAAACUGGCAAAGGAUCAUGACGUCCCGAUUCGUUGUGUAUAUCUUUCUACUCCAGCAAGCAUAUGCGCACACAACAAUGCUGUCCGCGCUGCAAACCCAAGACUUGAAUCCUUGAACCCUGAGAAACGCACAUUCCUCCCGGAUGUUGCUUUUCGAAGUUUCGCGAGCCGGUUUGAGAAGCCGCAGCUCUCAGAAGGUUUCGAGGAUAUAAUCCAUAUCGAUUUCCAGUUUGAGGGGGAUCCAAUCACGAGAGAGCUGUGGGCACAGCAUUGGGUGUAG